AUGGAUUUUUAUUUGAAGAACUUGUUUGAUAGAUUUCAAGACCAAUUUGGUUCAGGUCCAGGACUUGGUCCUGGAUUUGGGACAUGUCUCAUGAAAGUUGAAGGCAUUACUCCUAAUUAUAUUAAAUCAGUGUUUAAAGCAUCCACAGCUCUUUAUAGGACUGAUCCAUGGAAAAGGUUGCGUCCAGUACAUCUUUUUGGGGUCAUGGUUGGGAAGGAUUCAGAUUGGUCUGGGAAGAAACAACCUUUUCCAUGUCUACAAUUCAUUGGAGGAGAUGGUGGGGAUGUUGGUUUUCACAUGUUUAGAUCUGUAAAUGAUGCUAGGAAAGUGACUGGUAGAAGAGAAACUAUUAGAGUUCCUAAUGUAGAGAUUUUGAGGGUAAGAUAUGAACCUGAGUCAUUGAUGUUCCCUUCAAAUCUCAAGAUGAUUAAAACAUUGUCAUUAGAAGAAUCAGGGACUAAUCGAUAUCCUGUAAUUGAUGUUGUCUGUUGUUGCACAACAUCUGGGUCUCUACAGUUUAGGACUUUAACUCUUGAGGAGCUUAGGUUUGUGUAUGCUGUCAUGAAAGGCAUGACUUUGGUUCAUCCUUUGCUUCAGGUUGAUAAAGAUAGUGGACCAAAGUGGUCAAGGCUAAUGAACUUUGAACCAUUUAUUGAGACAGUUGAUGUUCAAUGGUCUCAAGAAAUGGCUAAAGGUGGCAAUGACCUGGUUGCAACGACGAUCUCUUACCCGCCCGGUCAGGCUUAUGAAGACAAGACUAGCUCUACGGCAAGCUCAACUCCAACCAAAUAUGCAGAACCACAUAAGGAGGAUGCUUUUGUUGAUGAUGUUGAAUUGCUUGAGUGGCAGCUUGUAGAAGGGUGCAACUUGUGACCAAAGAGUUUCAUGGAGAAUCAAAAGGUCAUGUGGGGGGAAGUGUUGUUGCUAUUCAAAUUGCCCUUUUGGCCCCUUUGGGUUGAGUUUGAAGUUGAAGAGAAUCCCUCUUGCAUCACCUUUUCCACCAUAGGUAACAGAGUGAGUGAGGGUGAAUCUUGUGAGAUGUGUAUUAGGAGGAAACCUCCUUUAAAUUGUGGAGUUUUAAAGUGGUGAAAUUUGAUUGAUCUCAGUGAAUUUCAACAUAAAGUAAUCUUUAGUGUGUAUUUUUUGUUUUCUGUUCAUUGAAAUGGAAUUACCCUUUCCUAAUUCA